AUGUUAUCGAAUAAAACUCAAAAAUAUCAAGAUGAUAGUGGAAAAAUCUUUGAAUUAGUUCGCCAAAAUUUGAACUUAGUUGUUUCAAGUGAAUUGAAAGAAAAGAUAAUUAAUGAUAUUGUCGAGUAUUUUGAAAAUCAAGAAAAACAACAAACAAUUGAAACAUUGGAACAAAAUGGAAAAAUUGAGGAGAUUGUUGACAAGUUGUUGAGCUAUAUAAAACCUCAACUUGAUUAUGAUACAACAUUUCAAGAAUUGGUUGCUGAUUUAAAAAAUGAAAUAAAAAGCUGGAAAGAUGAAGUUAUUGAACUUAAAGUUAAUGUAUCUGAACUAAUGGAAGAAAAACGAUUAAAACAAGCUGGAGUGCUUGCAUAUGAAUUGGCUUUGGUAUAUAGACAGUACUAUGUUGAUCCAAUUUUAAAACAACAUAAUUACACAAAUUAUGGAAAGUAUAUGAACGAGUUAUGUGAAGCUGAACAAAAAGCAGCAAAAAGUUUAGGUGCGUAUGUCUCUUUUGAAUUGAAAGAAAAAGGUUGUAAUGUGUGGAGCGAGGAGAACUGUGAAUGGGAUGAAACUUUCACUCAAGUUGAUUUGAUUACAAAUCCAAAUGUUCAGAAUGAUAAAAAUGUCAAAAGGCUGGUUGAUUUGCUAGAAUUACAAUUAAAUAAUUUCAAAUUAAGUGAAUACCGAUUAGUGGGAUACGAACGAAAUCGUGAUGCACAUCAUGGUAUGAAACUAAAGUCAGUUGAUGAUCAAAAACAGCUAUUGAAAGAUAUAGGAAAAGCUGAUUUCAGUAAAUAUCCAUUCAAAGAUAUUGUAUCAGAAAUGAUAGCCGACGUACAACUUAUAGAAACCAAAAGUCAGAUGAAACGUUUUUCGUAA